AUGCACGUGCUAUCCUUCUUUGCAAUUGGUUUCAAUGCAUUUGCUAUAUACUGCAUUCUUUACAAAUCGACAAAACAAAUGGGAGCUUACAAAUGGUAUCUGCUCUCCUAUCAACUGUGCUCUACCGCAUUCGAUAUCGUCUACAUGUUCGUAACAUUGCCGGUGAUUUUCUUCCCAGUACCCAUGGGCUAUGCUGCGUCGUGGAUCGCGCAGUGGCUUUCCAUCAGUGGUCAUACCGCAGUUCAAUUUGUGGUCACAUUGUGUUUGUGUCUUGUUGGGAGCAUCGUCAAUCUUUUUCUUUAUCGGUGCUACGUCAUUAUGCCUGAUCAUCAUAUACUCAAAUCCAGAGUCAACGGUCACGUCUAUGCGAGUGUUGCCAUAUUUGCGUUCCAUGUGUUUUCGUGUCCUGUUGGUAUUGCAGGUAUAGCACCAGAUCAAGAGAUGGCCAAGCAAUGGUGCCUAGAGGUGUAA